AAAGGAGCGGGAAAUUUGGAGUCCCGGAAAUGACGGGCCUGUGGUGACUGUGGUCUUGCUAGGCUGGCUAGGAGCGAAGCCUAAGCACUUGAGGAGGUACGUGGAGCUGUAUAACUCCAAGGGUUUUCAUGCUGUCACAUUCGUAGCUUCGGUGAGAGAUGUACUUUCCUUUGAUUUAGCGAGGAAACUCGAGGAGAGGAUUGCAUCCAUGGCUAGUGAGCUCGCAUCUUGGCUGUCACAUCCAGAUAAGGACGGCCGCGAAAGGGUCUUGAUCUUCCAUACUUUCAGCAACACCGGCUGGCUUGCAUAUGGUGCCAUUCUUGACAAUUUGAGAAGCCAAAAGGAUCUACUGGAUAAGAUCAAGGGAUGUGUUGUUGAUUCAGGAGGAGACCCGCAUAUAGAACCUAAGGUGUGGGCAGCAGGCUUUACUGCAGCAUUGCUAAAGAAGCGUAGCUCUUCUGUAUUGCCCGGAGAAGUACAUGAGUUGUCACAUGGUUCCCCUACAAUGCAGGAAAAGAAGCCCUUGUUAAUGGAAACAUUGCUGUUUGAAGGAUUUGAAAGACUCUUCUCAUUUCUUCUGAAAUUGCCAAGUGAAAACCGAAGGUUGGUGAAGAUCAUAUCUACUCUUGUGAAUGACCAACCGCCUUGUCCUCAACUUUAUCUUUAUAGUACUUCAGACAAGGUGAUUCCAUUUCGGUCUGUUGAGUCGUUCAUUGAUGAGCAGAGGGGGAGGGGGAGAGAAGUGUUGUCAUUCAACUUCAGGACAUCUCCCCAUGUAGACCACUAUCGAACUUUCCCUUCCACUUAUGCUUCGCUGCUGCAGAGUUUUCUUGAAAGAUGUUUGGUCAAGGUUAAGAAAACAUAGUGAUCUGUUUAACUACUCGAAUAUGUCAAAUUAUAUUUGAUCUUCGAUUUUACAAAUUAUAAUUGUCAAAUUGUAUUUUUUUUGAAAGGGUCAAAUUGUAAUUCUUAUGUCAUAAAAUUUUGAAUGGAGUGGAUUAUGCUGAAAAUGACAUUCAGCCUUGAGACUGAUAAUUUAGACGAGCGUGCUAUUAUUAUUACUAGUAAACUCACCC